AAUGUACAUUUUUCCUAGUUUUUUCAAUGGCGACUGGGCUUACAUCACUUCCUUUUCUGGUUACUCUCUACUUCAUCCAUAAGAUUCCAUUGAUGCUUGCUCAAAAUGACCAGUUCAUCUACAAUGGCUUCCAUCAAGCAAAUCUGCAUCUUGAUGGAACCGCUCGAAUCCACCCCAAUGGUCUAUUGCAACUCACCAACAAUUCAGAACUACAAGUUGGUUAUGCUUUCUACCAACUUCCUCUAAAAUUCAAUGCUUCUUCGGGUUUAACUCAGUCUCUUUCAUUUUCCACAAACUUUGUAUUCGCAAUAGUUCCUGAAACACCAUCGAAAGGUGGCCAUGGAAUUGCCUUCACCAUCAGUCCCUCGUGGAAAUUCACCAAUGCUGUAGCCAGCAAUUAUCUAGGACUCUUGAAUGUCUCAAAUAAUGGCCUUUCAACAAACCACUUAUUAGCCAUUGAGCUUGACACUAUAGAGGGUCAAGAAUUUCAAGAUAUAGACAACAACCAUGUGGGAAUCAAUGUGAACAGCAUGAAAUCAAUUGAAUCAGCUACCGCAACCUACUUUUCUGAUCAAGAAAGAAAGAAUAUAAGCUUGAAGCUAGUAAGUGGCAACCCAAUGCAUCUUUGGAUAGACUACGAUGAAACAGAAAAACUAUUGAAGGUAACACUAGCCCCAACCAGCAUCCCAAAACCAAAUCGGCCUCUCCUGUCAACACACAUCAAUAUGUCUCAAAUUCUCUUGGAAUCCAUGUUUGUUGGUUUCUCCGCAGCCACUGGUACAGUUACAAGUGACCACUACAUUCUUGGAUGGAGCUUUAAUAAAAGUGGACAAGCACAAAGCCUCGAUGUUUCGAAGCUUCCUCAACCUCCCCAACAGAGGAAAAGUAAAGAUAAACGGGGAAAAAUUAUCAAGAUUUUAAUCAUAGCAGUAGUGGUUGUACUGAUAUUGGUUACUGGAGCUAUUUUCAUUUUGAGGAGGAAGAAAUAUGCAGAAAUGCUAGAAGAUUGGGAAAACGAGUAUGGUCCUCACAGGUUCAGCUACAAGAAUCUCUAUAAAGCAACCAAAGGUUUCUCAAACAAAGAGCUUCUUGGAGAAGGGGGAUUUGGAAAGGUUUAUAAAGGAACACUUCGUUCUUCCAAUAUACAGAUUGCAGUCAAGAAAGUCUCCCAUGAUUCCAAACAAGGGAUGAAGGAAUUUGUGGCUGAGAUCAUUAGCAUGGGUAGGCUGAGGCAUAGGAACUUGGUGCAGCUCCUAGGAUAUUGCCGGCGAAAGGGUGAACUCCUCUUGGUCUAUGAUUAUAUGCCCAAUGGAAGCCUUGACAAGUUCUUAUAUGGCAAUGAAAAACCAAAUCUUAACUGGCUUCAACGAUUUCAAAUCCUCAAAGGAGUAGCAUCUGGCCUUCUCUACCUCCAUGAAGAGUGGGAACAAGUUGUUCUACAUAGAGAUGUAAAAGCAAGCAAUGUUCUAUUAGAUGUCGAAUUAAAUGGAAGGCUAGGAGAUUUUGGCCUUGCCAGAUUAUGCGACCAUGGUGCCAAUCCCCAAACCACCAAUGUGGCUGGAACUGUGGGUUAUUUGGCUCCCGAGCUUACUAGAACAGGAAGGGCAACCACUUGCACUGAUGUGUUUGCUUUUGGGGCUUUCAUGCUUGAAGUGGCUUGUGGAAGAAGGCCAAUAGAGAUACAAUGUCUGCCUGCAGAGAUGAUUCUGGUUGAUUAUGUCUUUCAAUGCUGGAGAAAAGGAGCCAUCCUGGAUGCUAGUGAUCCUAGAUUGGAAGGUAGUUAUGUAAAAGAGGAAAUGGAAUUGGUUUUGAAACUAGGCCUGUUUUGCUCACAGUCAAUGCCAGCAGCUAGGCCUAGCAUGAGGCAAGUGAUGCAGUUUUUAGAUGGUGAUGCUGAUCUGCCGGAGUUGCCACAUGACGAUGCUUGUUUUGGUACAUCUACAAAUAGUGAAGCAUAUGGUUUAUCGCUAUUUCCUUCAUCUAGCAUGGGUUCUGCUCCUUCCAUGUUUAGCACUGAUUCAAUCCUCAGAAGUGGUCGUUGAAUUAGCUGUACAACAUGCUAUGGGCAGAAUAGAUCAUGCAUCUUUGCUUAGUACCAAAACAUUCAGUGGCACACAGAGCUAGAGAUGGGAGGUAUGCAAUUUCUUUCACUUACUAAAUAAACUGAUAUUAGGUAGUAGACUACUUAAGCUCUAUGUAGUACUACAACUCAACAAGAUUAACUCAGCUGUUGCAAGCUUUAUAGAUCAAUAUUUAUGUAGUGUAUUGCAAAAAAAAAAAACAGAUUGCGUGGU